ACGAUCAUUAAGCACUGACCUCAAGAUCCAUGUCUGUUUAUACAAAUUGUAAAACCAGCGAGGCAUACAUAAACAAACCAUUGAGUGAAAAACAAUUUGAAGCACAUUUCAAGUCGCUUCUUUGACUUCAUUCCUUGUUACCAUUUUCAAAAAUAUGUCAAUAUGACAUUUCCCUUUUCGAAAAAUGAGCAAAAUCUAGUCUCAAACAAUUGCGUGUAGAUGUCUCAAGCAACAAAGGUAAUUUAAAUGAGCAUAACAUUAACUGAUGACCGUGUUAUAAUUACGGGUGCAUAGCCGGCAUAACUGUUAAAUGGAGCUUAGUGGACCGCCUAUGACGUACAUUACUUGAGGGCUAAAGUACUUGUUUGUAUUAUGUACGAAUGCUUGUUACGCAAAGAGAAAGGCAAAAGUUAUGCUGUGACGACCGAAUCACUCCAACCGUUCCUUUUCUCUGUUAUCUUGAAGAUAGAUAUACGUUGAAUCAUUUCAAUUAUGUUGCCUUUUCUUCUUUUUUUUUUUCUCAGUUGGGCGAGAAGACACCAUUGCUACAAUGUUGUCACUGUUUACGUCAUUUUCUCUAAAUAAAGAUAUUUUUAGUUAUUUUAAUGUAAAUUUUUGAUGAUGCGGAUUGGUAUUGGAAGUUCUUAUGUAUAGAAUGUGAAUACAGACACCCCAGUUUCAAGAUACAGCGUAACGCUAACAUUUUAGCUUGGGUUGCCUGCGAUGGGCAUGACAUUGAUUCUUUCCGUGGUCCCCUGGGGAGGUGCUUUAUUCCCUUGGAGGAGAGGUUUCGUAUAGCAUGUACAAAAUCAGAACUAACUUAACGAAAAAAGAGAACAUAAAUCCCUUUGAAGAGAGAAAAAGUACUCGUUCUUCUCUUUUCUCAGAUCACUGUCCAAAGUCAGUUCAUCCGUCUACAGGAAGAUGUAAAAUCGACUGUUUGUUGGAUACUCAAUGUGAGAGAUGGCAAUACUGUUGCAAAACCGGCUGUUUGCAAACUUGUGUAAACUACACGACAUGCCAAUUACAAAAAGUCGAGGCAGCGCUGAGGAGACGGGGCUUUUCGCCAGCCUGCAAUCCGGACGGAAGCUUCAGGGAAAUCCAGUGCACAACUACUACACCACUAAAAUGUUGGAAAGUAAAUGCGCAUGGAAAAAAGAUUCAGGAAACCGAUGUCACCAUUAAAUUUUCCUCUCCCUCUCCCUCUGAACGUCGUCAGCAAGGAAAACCUCAAAACGUCCAGCAAUUCCCUAUCCUGGAAGAGGACGAAAUGGACGAAAAUCCCCCCCAAAAGGAAAAAACCCGCUGCCAGCGAAUGCGUGAACGCAGGUUGAAGAAGAGAAAGAGCAACCCAGGAGUUUUUGUACCAAAGUGCAAAUCAAACGGCCAUUUCAGAGUUGCGCAAUGUAAUAGUAAAAGAUGUUGGUGUGUGGACCGACAAGGAAAACAAAUUCCAGGGACAAAACUCAGAGGACGAAAACCGAAUUGUAGAACUGUAACAGCUCCUGGUGAUUGUGGAAAACGUUGGGGUUUGUACAAUCCUCGCUCCCGAAGGAUUGUGGGAGGACAGGAAAGCCUUCCCAACUCCUGGCCGUGGAUGUCUGCGCUGUUCUUCAAUCGCAGCAAGCUUGCCUGCGGAGCAACCAUCAUAAAACCUUCUUGGGUUGUGACCGCUGCACAUUGCUUUAAUGAGCAAACAUCAAAAAAACCUUCAGACUGGGAGGUGCAUAUUGGUGAACAUUCACUUCACAGAGAGGAAGGGAAAGAAAGUAAGCUUGACGUCAAACAAAUACUAAUUCACCCAAACUACGUGCCAAGUAACUCCUCGCACCCCGGGGACAACGAUAUAGCUCUGGUGCGUUUGGCUGGGUCACUGAAGUUCGGCCGCCAUGUCAGUAAGAUCUGCCUGCCAGACAGUUUCAACUACUUCCAAGCGGGCAAACGUUGCAUAGUUACAGGUUGGGGACACACGUCCUGGCAAGGAAGUUCCUCACCAGUGUUGCGAGAGGCUUGGGUUGAUUUGGUGGGAAAAGAAACCUGCAAUUCUGCCAGAUCUUACAAGGGAACAGUUGGAGGGAACUUUCUGUGCGCCGGAUUCAAGGAAGGUGGCACUGACGCAUGCUCUUACGAUAGCGGGGGACCGCUGGCCUGUCCUGAUCUGAGCGGGGAGGGCACCUGGAUGCUUGCAGGGAUUGUGAGCUGGGUAGAGAGGUGUGCAUUGCCGCACAAAUAUGGUGUUUACACGAAUGUAAACGAGUACACUCGGUGGAUGGAGGCAGCAUUGAAAAUUGACAGAUGAAUAAGUACGAGUUUCUUUUUUUUGCUGAACAGACAUCGUGCAGAGCUGAUGUACGCCUCCUGAAAUGGUCUAAUUGUAAAGAAAACGGAUUAUUCGCUUAAGUACAAAAUAUAACGCGGAUAAUUUUCUGGUGUAACUUUAGUAUCAAAUGAGCUUUACAUUACUGCAAUUUAUGAAGGGGCGUGAUUUUGGAAAGCCCUGCGUUAAUUGUUCCGAAUAUCACAUAUCUAUUCAUCGGAUCAUUUCGAAUUCAUGUACUGGAGAACGAACGUCAUAAAAUAGGCGUUGGCUUUUCUGUAAAUUAUUGCUGAGUUAGUAAGGGCAAGUGCUCUAAGAGCUGUUUGGUGAGCGCGUGCAGUUGAAUAUAAAAACAUGAAAUACAUUUAAAUAUCGAAAUAUAUCUACUACGACGAAGAAAGCUUGACAAGGAGUAAAUGCCGGCUCUCUAGAAGCAAGGUGGCCAACAGAAGGUUAGUGUUUGUGAGCAGAAGUGGAAAUCAAAUAUGACGUUAUUGACUAGAUUUUAAGAGUAUACAGAUUACUUUUUUUCAUAAUAUAAUAUAACCUAUUCAUAUCAUAUAUGAUUGUUAAAUAAGCUAUACUUUGUAACGUGGAGCUUGCGUACAUUUAGUGGUAUUCCUGUGAAGCAAACCUUCGUUAACGCAGUUGUAAUGGAUCUGCAAUGAGUUAAAAAUGAAGGUAUGAUUUGGUUGAAAAGUUUCUGCUAUCAGCGAUGUCUUUUUAGCUUGAUGCAAAUGAAGCGACUAUUUAAGGAUGCCUCUCUGACAUUCUACGGUGUUUCACUUCCUAUCGGGAGACGUAUUUCGCUUAGAUUUAUGGACUUUGAUAAACAAGUUUUUUUCGCCACUCAGGCAUUCAAAGGGCAUGAAACCAUUGUCGAUAAGGAAAUCAAACAAACACGUUUGUAGUUAGGAAUUGUGUCAUCCCGUUUCAUCGACAGCCGCCCUGGAAAAGAUGAAGAAAGUGUGCGAGGAGGGCAGAAAGCUCAGUUUACUUAGAAGGAAAAAGUGGUGUACUGAACCCGGGACUUAAAAAUGAAAAAAGGAAAUCAGAUACAAUAGAAAAAAACACAGAAAAAAAGGAAGAAAGAAGAAGGUCUAAACUUUAAUUGAGGCAGAUUCAUUGCAAGUGUGGUAACGUUGGAAAGUCUUGUUUAUGAAGCAUUUUUUAGAUUCUUUUACUUUUCAUGUCCUCAUUUUAUUAGCAGCAAGAAUGAGUUUUGUCAGUCAUUUAGUACACUCAUUCUGUAAAUUUUUUAACGUUAAGUCUUAAUGUCGCUCUCCUUCCAAUCCAAGAUUUACUUUUGUCUUAGGAGCAUUUAAUUGCAAUCCUGGCUUGUUUUUCUUUGUCUUGAGGACAUCUACAUAUCACUGUAUUUCAACAUUAAGCCCAGUUUCUAUGAGGGUAACCAAUCGGGCUACGAAUGUUACCAAGUGGUGCUUGUAUAAUCAUAGGUUCAUGAAGUCCAUUUGCUUUUGGUUUAAUUUAUGAAAGACUUUAAAGGUGGUAAUGUUUGCUGAAAACACAAUUCACGAUGAAAGAUGUACAAUUUAUAUUUAGAUUAAAUUAGUUUUGACAG